GGAGCUCUUUCAGGACCCGACGGCUGCAGCCCAGCUUUGCUGGGCGUCCAGCACCCAGCAGAGAAGGCGCAGCGACCGACUUCCAGAGUCUCUCCGCCUGGUCCUUCAAGUGAAGUUGAUUCUGGUGCGCCCCAAAACACUUUGCCAUCCUCACUCUUAACCGUCGGGGUCCCAGCCUAGCCUUCUAAUUUUCCUCGCUCCUUGUCAGUUUAACUUAGCGCAUUCUGCGGGUUUCCUGAGCCCCAAAGUGAGUCUCUUCUUCCGCCUCCUAUGCUACCUCCGGACUUCUCCCCUUGGACAGCAGGCUCCCUCAAGGCUGAAGGCAGAUGGGUAGAGAAGCAGGGGGCAAUUCCCUCUCCCGUUAGCUGCUCUCCUAGUCUUCGGAGAGAGAUCGCGCGACCCAAACUGGGAUUCUAUUUAGAUUGUGAUUCUCCAAAUACCUCCGUCUCAUCCUCUUAGCUCGUAGAGACCUCGAUACCGCAAUUCCCACUUGUCCUAGGGCGUAGGGGCUGUUUUCUGGACAAAGCUGUUGGCUGCAACGGAACUGGGGAGCUUGGUGAUAGCUACAGCCCUUCACAGUUCCACUCCUCCCCCCUCUCCACAGUUGUUUCAUUAAACUGGAAAGUGAGAGGCUCAUUUAUUUUUUUCCUGGUGGGGAUCCCCUAUUCUGACCAGAGUUGAUGGGACUGAUUUUAGGACUGACAGCAGAAGGAUUUGAGACACCUGGUUUGACCAGUGCUACUUCCCCUGUCCUAAGACGAGUUGUUUUUCUUCAUGGUGCCUACCUUUCUCCAUUUAAAAUUUGGGGUCAUCCUUGCUACCUAGGGGCAAGUAGCCAAGGAAGCAGAAGAACAACAACGACAACUUCAUCCAUCUCUUUUAAAGUUUACACAGCACCUUUUCACACCUGCAUAGAAGGCAAAAACAAAAACAAAAAAAAAUGUAUCAUCCCCAUUUUACACAUCAGAAGGCUGAGGCUCAGGGAAGUUUGGUAAUUUGCCUUAGAUUACAUAGCCACGGGGAGCCUUGGGGCAGGAUUCAUACCCAAACCUCUAUACUCUCAGUCCUACACUUUCCCCACUGUAUUAUAAAGUAGAUCUCUCCAACUUUGAAUUUAAGAAGGAUGGAAGUUCUUUUAAAAUUUGUCCUAGAACCCAAGUGUAAUGAUGCAGAGUCUUUAUGUAUCUGUAUGGAUGAAUCUGUAAGUUAGCAUAUUUGUCAACCACUCUGAUUGUCUUCUCCCCAUAACCCCAUUUUAUAAAAUAUGGUACAAUGGCUACAAAAUUAGAGAAUCUUAAAUAUCCAUCACCAGGAGUAGCUUCCUUUUCAUAAAGCUAAAUUGCAGGACUUAGGUCUAGAAGGGAUCUUAGAGAUCAUCUAUUUCAUUUUACAACUGAUUGGGAGAUGGAGGGAUGGGAAGUUACUUGCCAAAGAUGAUAUAGAAGAAUAAGGAUUUGAACUCUGGUCCUCUUGCUCCAGAGCCAUUCCCCCGUCAUUAUCCCAUGCAGCUUCUUAGGGCUUAAUACAUGUUUGGUCUUAGUGAUUGUAGAAUCCUAGUGGGCUGUGAGGUGUGUGAGAUGUAAGAAGCUCCCACUACCACUACCCUCUGAGCUUUGCCCAUUCCUCAUAUUCUGGAAAGAUGGGCUGACCAGGGCAAGGACUGGGGAUUGGGAGGGAAGAGAAGGAAAGGAAUUGAGAAGCUAUUGUGUGUUGAGAGAAAGACUUGGAUAACCUUGCUCAGAUGGGUAGGGAAAGGAGAUGGGGCAGAAAUCCUUUUAUACCACCCUGGAUGACAAUGUAUCCCUGAUUUCUUGGGGAAAAUCAUGUACCAAUUAGAAUUGCAGGUGUUCCUGUCUCAAAAGGUCACUUCUUUCACCACUGAGACACAGUCCUAGGGAACUCCCUAGUGGAGAGUUGGAACUUGAACAGUGGCAUACCAUACCCAGAGGAGGGUGAUGAGCUUUUGUGCCCAAUGGAAGCAGGCCCUCUUACCUUUCUUCCUGCUUCUCCCCUUUUUUGAUUUGAGCUCAGGGGACCAAAAAAGUCCCCAUUUCUCCCAAAUUUGUCUCUGCUUCCCGUCUGGCAUCUGGAAAUUUUAGUGAAAAGUGUACUGGAGAUAGGAAAAGUCAUGGGUUCAUAUAUUUAGAUCUGGAAGGGGACCUUAGAGGCUAUCUAGUCUAACCUUUUCAUUUUAAGGAUGAGGAAGCUGAGACCCAAAGAGAUUAAAUGAUUUGCUUGGAGUCAAACUGCCACCACUUUUUCUAUAGUACCAUGAUGCCUUGACUCUGCUAUUUCCUACUUUUAUGACCUAGGGCCAGACAUUUCAGCUCUGGGGAAGGGUCUUGUUGUCAUUCGUUCAUGUCCAACUUUUUGUAACUCCAUUUGGGGUUUUCUCAGCAAAGAUACAGGAGUGAUUUGCCAUUUCCUUCUUCAGCUCAUUUUACAGAUGAGGAAACUGAGGCUAAUAGGGUUCAGUGGCACAGCUAGAGUAAGUAUCUGAGGCUAGAUUAGAACUCAGGAAGAUGUUUUCCUAACUCUAUGCUUGGCACUCUAUCCUCUGUGCCACUUAACUGCCCAGAAGAAGGGGCUUAAUUUCUUAUUUGUAAAAAAAAGAUUGUUGGACUAGAUGACCCUUCAAUUCUCGUUAGUGCUUGAUUCCUUAUAAGAAUAGCUAACCUUUAUAUAAUGCUUUAAGAUUUUAAAAAUGCUUUACAAAUAACUCUUCACAAGAAUCCCAGGAGAUAGAUACUAUUAUUAUGAUCCCCCUUUUACAUGCUAUACAGAGGGGUUGAGUGCCUUACUCGCCCAGAGUCACACAACUUAUCAAUAUCUGAGGUCAAAUUUGAACUCAGGUCUUCCUGAUUGCAGGUUUCUUCCUCAUUCCACUAAUUGCCUAAUUUGUAGAAAGAGGCAGUUGAACUAGAGGUUCCUCUAGAUCUUUGAUUUUAUAUCUUAAGGCAUCCCAGGAGAGAAUCCUAUAAAAAUUCCUUUCAUAGGCUCACUCCUUUGGCUUAAUAUUUGAACUUGAUUAAUAUUCAAGUCUUCUCUGAUAAUGGUAACUUUGGGUGGUAUUAGUCUUCCAUUCCCCCACCCCCCUUUUAAACCCUUAUUUCCUGUCUUAAAAUCAAUUCUGUGCAUUGGUUCCAAGGCAGAAGAGCAGUAAGGACUAGGUGAUGGGGGCUAAGUGACUUGCCCAGGGUCACAUAGCUGGGAAGUGUCUGAGGUCGGAUUUGAACCUAGAACCUUCCAAAUAUCAGCCUGGCUCCCUGUCUACUCAGCCACCUGGCUGCCCCAAAGAGUAUCAGUCUUAAAAGAUUGGUCUGUGUAGAACUUAGAAGGACGCUUACAGUUUUCAUGAGGAGAAGGUAUAUUGAGAGCGUACCCCAAUCCAAGAGGCAAGGAGGGAGAUGGAUUUGUCUGGAGGCAGUAGGAUCACUUGGUUUAAUUCUGAAUUUUCCAUGCUGCCCGCCUGGGGUCUCACAGCCCCACUGCUCAGGUAGCCAUCCAUCCCUCAGGUAAGUUCAGGAGCGUCUGAAUGCCUCAGACGUGCAGAAGGAUUGGAGCCUGGCAUUGGAGUCAGUAGUUUCUCCUCUCAGGGAAGAGGAAGUCUGGAAGCAGGGCCAACUGCAGAUGAAUGUGCUGAGGGCGAGUGGAAUGUCACACUCCACAGAACUGGCUCCCGGCCAAGCCCAUGGUCUGUUUGGCCGCACCGGGACCACUGCCAGGGAAUUGUUUUGGGGGCUCACUGUAAUUCCAGCUGUGCAUGAACCAGCAAACUGGGGCCCCGGGUGGACAUGGAUUGUUGGAAGGAGUUUUGCAUCAAAAUUGAGAUCCCAAAGACCAUGGUCAUCCCAGGUUAACCCUGAGAGCAGCCUUCAUUUGUGAGGGAGACAGAUUCCUUAUAUGCCAGAAGGAACCCUCCCAGAGACAGCGCUUGCCAUUUUAGUCAUGUCCUACCUUUCUUGCCCCCAUUUGGGGUUUUCUUGGCAAAGAUAUCAGAGUAGUUUGCCAUUUCCUUUUCCAGCUUAUUCUAUAGGUGAGGAAACUGAGGCCAACAGGGAUCACACAGCAAGGAAGUGUCUACGACUGGAUUUGAACCCAGGACGAUGAACCUUCCUGACUCCAGAUCCAGUGCUCUAUGCCCUGGGCCACCUCAUUGGCCAGAGGCAGCAUAGUGUCCUGGAACUAGCACUGGAUUUAGCACAAAAGGAGAGUCCAAAUCCCAGUUCUGCUCCUGGGUCAUAGCAGCGACUCUGAGUAAGUCUUCAUCUUUCUGGACCUCAGUUUUCUCAUCUGUAGGACUUGAAGGUCUCUUUCAGCCCUAAAUGGAGAGGCUCAGUUAUGCGCUUUCCACGAAAAGGAACCAAAUCAAUCCAUAAACAUUAGUGAGUAACUGUGUGCAAGGCAUUGUGGUAUGUCAAAGGGAAACGCCAGAGAUAAAAAGAUUCAGGACUCAUGGAAUAUAGACACUAGUAGGGGAGAGGUCAUGUGUUUAAAUAACUCGAAUGUAAACUUAGUAUAGUAGAAGAGGCACAAAGCCGUUGGAGAGAUCGGGGGAGGGAGUUAUCGCUUCUGGCCGGAGGAUCUGGGACAAAUGUGAGGGAGGAAAAAGCAGAGUUGGAGGAGGUCCAGCCCUGGAGGAAGGAUGCCUGAAGGAGAUGGAGGGAGGUGGGAGGUGGGGCAGGGACAUUUCAGCCAGGAGCGAUUCUCCCGGAACCGGAAAGCUCAGAUUAGGUUGGUGGCACCAAGAAGAAAUUCUCUGCUUUGACUGGAGCCUGGAAUUUAUGAAGGAGAAUAGGGUAAAAUCAUCCUGGAAAUGUAGGUUGAGGCCAGAGAGAAUUUGGGCUUUGUUUGGCAGAUCCUGAGGCCGCUGAAGGUCUUCAGCAGGGGAAUAUUUUCUGGUCUCUCCGUUGAAGAAGAUUGCUGAUAGGCAGGCUGCCGUGGAAGCUGGUAGACAUUGGACAAAAAGGAAUCUGUUAGAGGUUAUCGCAGUAAUCUAGGCACAUUAGCUCCAAGCCUCAAUGAGGAGCCCAAACAUGGCGACCUUCAAACAGCAGAAGGUGGAGGAUGUAUAUGAAAUUGGAGAAGAGCUGGGAAGUGGCCAGUUUGCCAUAGUGAAGAAAUGCCGGGAGAAGAGCACAGGGGCUGAGUAUGCUGCCAAAUUCAUCAAGAAACGGCAGAGCCGGGCAAGCCGUCGAGGGGUCCAGCGGGAGGAGAUUGAGAGGGAAGUGCACAUUCUACAGCAGGUCCUGCAUCCCAACGUCAUCAAACUGCAUGAUGUCUAUGAGAACCGAACAGACGUGGUUCUCAUCCUUGAGCUAGUUUCGGGGGGAGAGCUCUUUGACUUCCUCGCCCAGAAAGAGUCUUUGAGUGAGGAGGAAGCAACCAGUUUCAUUAAGCAAAUUCUGGAAGGUGUUAACUACCUGCAUGCCAAGAAAAUUGCUCACUUUGACCUCAAGCCAGAGAACAUUAUGCUGUUGGAUAAGAAUAUUCCCAUUCCACACAUCAAGCUAAUUGACUUCGGCCUGGCUCAUGAAAUUGAAGAUGGAGUGGAGUUUAAGAACAUUUUUGGGACCCCAGAAUUUGUAGCUCCAGAAAUUGUGAAUUAUGAACCCCUUGGGCUGGAGGCUGAUAUGUGGAGCAUAGGGGUCAUCACCUACAUCCUGCUAAGUGGUGCUUCACCUUUCCUUGGAGACACAAAGCAGGAAACAUUGGCAAACAUUACAGCAGUGAGCUAUGAUUUUGAUGAGGAGUUCUUCAGCCAGACCAGUGAGUUAGCCAAAGACUUCAUUCGGAAGCUCCUGGUUAAAGAAACAAGGAAACGGCUCACAAUCCAAGAAGCACUCACUCAUCCAUGGAUCACGUCCAAAGGAGAAGCCAAAGCCUUGGAACCCAGGAAGACAGAGCCCCCCCAGCUGAAGACCAAGCGCUUGAGAGAAUACACCAUCAAGUGUCACUCCAGCAUGCCCCGCAAUAACACCUACGUUAACUUUGAGCGCUUUGCCCGGGUGGUUGAAGACGUUGCUGAUGUGGAGCAGAGCUGCAACACCCUGGCCACAGCCCACGACUCUCUCCAAGAUGACGUGGAGGCGCUGCUGUCCAUCUAUAACGAGAAGGAAGCCUGGUACAGAGAAGAGAGCGAAAACACUCGCUACAGCCUUUCCCAGCUCAAGUAUGAGUACCGCAAAGUAGAGGCCAUGAAGAAGGCUCUCCGGGAGGACAUCCAGACCGCGUACUCUGACCUGGGGAGUGUAGCUGGGAAAUAUGCACAGCUCGGGACUCAGUACGAAGCUCUACGGCGGGAACUUUCUGAGGACUUGAGGUGGAUCCAGGACCUCAUGAGUGACUUCCAGCAAGAGAAGGGCAGUGAGGAAAGCCUUGGCUCUGAUUUCAACAGAGAUGUGAAUACGUCGCUAAUGGAACUGUUAAAUAGGUCUUGCAGCGAAGACUUCCUGGCAGGUUUAAAGCUCAGGGUUACAGAAUCGAGCCAGUAAUGGGGCCUAAUUGGUUUGCCAAAGCACGAUCUCAAUAGUCUUGCCGCUGCUACUGCUGCUGCGGAGACAUCCUCCCAGAAAGGAAUUGUUCCCGGUGCCUCUCGGCCCCUCUCUUCCCCACCCCCACCUCAGCCCCUUCAGACUGGCUUUCUCACCUUUCCAUUGAAUCAGAAGGUGCCGGUACUAAUUAGUGCGGCCGCGAAUGAGGCUCCCUGUCCCCAUUCCCCGACCCCCACCGUAUUUCCAGCUUCUCUUCAGCCUGCACCUGACGUUUCAUUAGGGCACUCACUGAUGAGAGGGUUUCCGUCCCAUAUGGCUAAGCCCGGAGCGCUCUGGCCAGUACUUGAUUAUUGAUUGGAGAUGAUGACUUUGGUCACGUUGGGUUUACCACCUACUCGUCUCACAGUUUCUAGCCCCGUUCACCUUGGUUACCAUUACUUGGGAGGAACAUGGUGCUUGCUCUCUGUGGGCGCUUAGUAUAAAGGAGGCUGGAGAAAAGAAUGUUUCCACCCCAGGCAUUGGGCUAGAGUUCUGGGCUUUGUGCAGAACACCCCCAGCUACUUCCCCUCCCAUAGCUCUCCCUAAAGCCCCGGGAAGUAGAAAGAAGAAGGGUUGUUAUUAUGCCUUCGUGACAAAGGAAGAGUCGGAAGUCAACCCAGGGCUCCCGAGCCCAGGUCCAGCUUCAGAGCAUCCUAGAAGCGUCAGGAAACAAACAUUUAUUUGGUUUUUACUGUGUGUCAAUCACUGUAACGGUGGUGAGAAGGGAGGGAAGGCAAAGAAAGACACAGAGCAGUCUCUGUCCUUACAGAGUUUUUAUAUUCGCAGGGGGCAACAAUAGUUAUUUAAAUAGGUACAUACAACCGCUGUCAUUCAAGAGGCAUUUAUUAAGCGUUUACUGUGUACUAAGCACUGUACUAAGUUGGAGGGGGAAGGAGGAGAGGAAGGAGAGGAAUGCAAAGAAAGACAAAAACCAGUCUCUAUCUUUUAGGAGCUUGUAGAUUCUAAUUGGGGAGGUGACAGUCAUUUAAAUAGUACUAAAGAAUCUGUAAGUCAGUUAACAGGCGUUUUUCAAAAAGCCCUUAUCUUCUAUCUUAGUAUCAGUUCUGAAGAGUGGCAAAGGUUAGGCAGUUGGGGUUAAGUGACUUGCUUAGAGUCACACAGCUCCUGGUCCUCCUGGCCCAGCAGUCUAUCUGCUGUGCUAACUAGCUGUCCUUUAACAGGCAUUUAUUAAUUGCUCUUUAGCUAAGGGAUGUUGAUGCCCCCUCCCCCGAAAAGGGCAAAAAUAAUAACACUUUUAAAAUUAGUCCCUCAAAGAGCACACAGCUAGAGUAUUGCCCUAUAUUUUCCCAUGGGAAUUUGAAUGUUCUGGAAGAAUCAUUAUCCCUAUAUGGUCUCUACCCAAGAACUCUUUAUGCCAAAUUCAUUGCUACCAAUAUAUACCCUGAAAGCAAGAAGUCAAGUUAAUAAGCUUUUAUUAAGCAUUUACUAUGUGCCAGACACUGUGCUACCAUCUCGGGAUACAAAGGCAAGACAACAAAGCCUUCAAGGAGCUCACAUUCUCUCUACUGAUUGACUGAUGGAUAGAAUUUAUUCCCAGGUAUAGUAGCUCCUCCCCUCCCACCACAGAAGGUAUUACUCAACAAAAAAGAUAUGUAUAUCUACAUUAUGUCUUUUGUGUUUUUAUUUGUCAGUUUAUUCCCUGGAGGUGGACAUUCACAAGUUGUUCUUCAAAUAUGAAUUCUCUAGCUGUGUAUAAUCUUCUCUUGGUUUGAUGCCUUUCACUCUUCACUACUUUAAGUAGGUCUUUCCAAGUUUUUGAAAAAUUAGCCAGCUCAUCAUUCCAUUUCUUAUAGUGUAGUAGUAUUCCAUCACAAUCAUAUGCCACAAUUUGUUCAGCCAUUUGCCAGUUACUGGAUAUCCUCUUGGUUUCUAGUACUUUACCACCACAAAGAGCAUGGCUAUAAAUAUUUUGGAACAUAUAGAUUCUUUUCCUUUUUCCCUGAUCUCCUUGGGAAACAGAUCCAACAGUGGUCUUGCUGGGUCUAAGGAUAUACACAAUUUAAUAACUCUCUGGGCAUAAUUCCAGAUUGCUCUCCAAAAUGGUUGGAUCGUUCACAGUUCUACCAAUAGUGUGUGUAUCUCCAUUUUCCCACAUUCUCUCCAACAUUUGUCAUUUUGCCCUGUUAUCAUUUUAGCCAAUCUAAUAGGUGUGAGAUGAUAUCUUGAAAUUGUUUUGAUUUGUAUUUGUAUUUCUCUAAUCAGUAGUGAUUUAGAGCAUUUUUCCAUAUGCCUACAUAUGGUAAACUUGUAAUGGAGAAUAUAACUACAUACACAUGAGUUAUGUUUAGUAUAAAUUGGAGGUAACCUUGGAAGAAAGACACGGGGUGGAACAGAAACCAGAAAAGGCUUCUUGCAAAAGGUAGGAAUUGAGUUGAGCCUUGAGGACAUGAGAUGUGAGGACAUGAGAUGUGAGGACAUUUCCAGAGUCUGGAACAACCUCUGAAUAGGCACAGAGUCAAAAGAUGGAAUGUAUUAUGAGAGGAAUUAGCCAGAAAGCCAAUGUGUGACUGGAUUGUAGAGUUCAAGGAGGGAAGUAAUUUGUGGGGCUUCAUAUAACUGCUCUGAAAGUUAAGUUUAGGGAGGAAAUAGUGGGGUAAGUAAGAUUUAGCCCUUAUCAUUUCCUUCAUACUAAGGUAUUUGAACUAACUGACUCAAAGUUCAUCCCAAGGAGAUAAUAGUCCUCUUCCCUUGCUCAGAGGGAUUUGUAAUUCUUUUUGAUCUGAGAAUUUUGUUCUUUCUUUUUUUUUAACCCUUAUUUUCUCUCUUAAUAGCAACUCUAAGAGAGAAAGACAAGGCCUAGGUAAAUGAAAACGUUAAAUGAUUGCCCAGGGUCAUACAGCUAGGAAGUAUCUGAGUCCAUUUCUGAACUCCAGGCCUCCCAAUUUUGAACCUGACACUCUAUCCACUGAGCUGCCCCUGAAAUGAGAAUUUCAUGGUGAUUUUUGUGGUUCACAGCUCUGGAAACUUUGGGGAUCAUUAUAAUGAAUGGUACCUUGAGACAGCAUCAUAUACUAUGGGUACAGAGUAGGAAGAUAGAUCCAAUGUCCAGAGAACUGGGUCCAAAUCUUGGUUUUGUGACCCUGGUUAGAUCACUUCCCUUCUUUCCAGGACCUUUGUUCAUAAAAUGGGGACAGUAUUAUUUCCAUUACAUCCUUGACAGCCCUAUGUAUGAGGAAAGUGUCUUAUAAACCUUAAAGUGCAACAUAGCUACUAAUAACUCUCGGUUGAUUCAGAAAUAAGCUAUUAUGAUUUUUUAUCUUCAUGUCCUCAUAGAGUUACCAUAGCACCUAGAGGUCUGAUGCUCUUUAUGUCCCAGAUAGAAGUGACUGUUAAUUAGGUGCUUAAUAUAUGUAAGGCAUUUUGUAGCCCAGAUUACUGAGGAAAUAAGGCUUGGGACCAUCAACAUCCAUGUGAAGUAGUAACUAUGCAAGUCCCAAAUGAGUCAGCCAGUAAGUGCUAGAAGAAGAGAUUAAUUCACCCAAUAGGAUUUUAAUCUUUCUAAGUCCAAGGUAACAAAUAACAACCAAUAAAAUAAAAUCUAAUAAGGAACAGAAUUUCAAACUUGGAAGACUACGGAACAGGAAUCACCUCUGAGCUAUCCCCUGUGAUCAUCCCCCCCCCCUUUUUUUAAAGCUUCAAAUAAUAAAGAACCUGCUACUUUCUGAAGCAGCAAGUCACUUAAUCAUAUUUGCCCCAGUUUCCUCAGUUAUAGAAUGUACCUGGGAAGAAAAUGGCAAACCACUCCAGUAUCUUUGCCAAGAAAACCCCAAAUGGAGUUGUGAAGAGUUGGAUAUAGCUGAAUGACAACAGCAAAAUAAUUAAAAGAAAUGAUUGCCAUUGUUUUGAGGGUAUUAAAAUGGGGAAAAGAGAAGAAAGGGCGUCUUUUUUUGGAACCGUGAUUUUAGAGCAAAAAAAGAGAUCUUAAAAUGAUAGAUUUCAAGAGGGAAGGGAUAUAGUACAAUCCCCUUAUUAGUUUUUUAGCUAAAAAAAAAAAACAAACUGAGUCCAGAAAGGUUUUGAUUUGUCCAAGGUCUCAUAGGUGAUAAAGAACAGAGGCAGGAAUUCAGAAUAGAUGCUCUCCCUCGAAAUCUAGAAUUCUUUCCACUGCUCUAUAGUGCUCAGGGAGAUAACACAAUCUCAUGGAAAGAAUCCUGGACUUGGAGAUAAGGCCUGGGUUCAAAUUAUGCCUCUGAAAGUUGCUAGUUGUCUAAUCAUGGAUAAGUUAUUUAACUACCCUGAACCCUAUUAUCUUUAUCUGUCAAAUGGAGAUAAUAUUGGUCACACUCAGGAUAUCUAGGUGGCUCAGUGGAUAGAGAUAGGAGGCCCUGGGUUCAAAUCUGGCCUCAGACACUUCCUAGCUGUGUGACUCUGGGCAAGUCACUUAACCCCUAUUGCUCUUGUACCUUAGAACCAUUACACAAUAUUGAUCCUAAGUCAGAAGAUAAGAGUUAAAAAAAGACUGGCCAUAUACACUUAGCUCAUUGGGGUUGUUGUCAGGAUCAAAUGAAAGAAUGUAUGUAGAAUCAGUUAGUCUUUAAUCUCUCAUUUUAAAAAAGGGGAAACCAAUGCUCAGAAAGGUUAAGUCAUUUUUCCAAGUGUUACACAACUAGCUAAUGAUCUUUUGACUCCCAAUGAGUAGUAUGGUAGUAGAUAUUUAACAACCAGCAGCGAAAAAAAAUGUAAACAUGAUCCAAUAAAAAAAAAAAUCCUUACCUUUUUUGCCUUAGUAUCAAUUCUAAAACAGAAGAGCAGCAAGAGCUAGACAAUCUGGGUUAAGUGACUUGUGCAGGGUCACACAGCUAUGAAGUGUCUGAGGUUAGAUUUGAACCCAGAUCCUCCUAGCUCUAGGCCUGGUGCUCUAUCCAUUGUGUUACCUGGCAUGAUACACUUUUAAAUUUAAUUACAUCAUUAACAUUUUCUUCAUAACUUUCUUAAUUUUAUAUAAUCAUCAUAGUAGUCAACCAAGCACUGACUUAUAGUGUUUGCCUAUUUCCAAGGCAUAAAUUCUCACACUGGAAAUUUAAGAGUUGGUUUUGGAACUGCUACAAACUGGUUUAGGCUUCCAGACCAGUGGUGGAUUGGGGUUUGGUUUGGUUUCUUCAUCAGUGGAAUUGCGCCUUCCAUGCUCACAUCCAAACACUGGUAAUAUUUUUGUCAUUUCACAAUAACCUUCCUCUAUAUCUGAUGUCCACAAUUUAAAACAAAAUAAUUCUGAGCACCCUAGCACAUGAGAACUUGGGACAGAGGACUGUCUUUCAGGAAACUCAAGAAACAGCAGAAUCAAGGGCAACAAUUAGAAGACAAAGAUAGUGUUCAGAGUAAGAAAACUUCUUGCUGUCUUUCUUAAGAUGAAAGAUGAAGUUAUGUUUGAUGGCCUUUGGAAGGCUGCUUCCCUCUCUGAAAUUACUGAAGACUUGUACCUUGCCAAAAUAUUAAGGAAGAACCUCUCCAAGUUCGGUUGGUGAAGAAUUUUUAUAAUUAUGACUUCUUGGUUUUGUCUCCUAUAUAAAUUCUAAUUUUCACAUAGACUCUGUGUUAUCUUUUCUUAAAGAGAGUGACCCCUGUGAAAUCCUAAAUUCUAUCUUAGGUUCUGCCCUUUUGGUUCUCUAUCCUUUUCCACGGACUACUAACAAGCUUGAGCAGCCUUGCUUGAGGUCCUAAUGAAGAGUGACAAGAUCAGACAACACAGGAUUGAAUAGUGGGAGAGAAAAAAACAAAAACAACCCUGCAUUUUCAAAGAGAAGACCAAUGACCACUUAGAGACAGGAGUAACCUUUCAAUCCUGGGACUGAAAUGGUCGGUGCUAUACCACGAGAGGAAAGCUUUCAUUGCUAUGCUCUGAUCUACUUUCCAAGACAAAAAUGACAAAUUUAGCACAAAGGGAUUUAGAAACAAGAAUGGGCAAUUGAC